UCUGGUGACCAGGUCUGGCGGCGGGUCGCGGCAGAUCUGUCGCGCAGCCAGCUGGGGCGCAGCUGCGUGGACGGGCCGGACUAAACAGCGUUGUCGAGCCGGGUCGUGACGACCGUCAGUUCGUCGAACGCCGCUGAGCUAGCGCGUCCCCCCGUCUGAGAGGCGCGCGGGUGUGACCGGAUCUGGCGGCAGUUACGUGCCUUAGGCACGUGCCGUCGAGUCAAGUGAAUUUUAUUGUUACAUUUGUCGUCGAGUUUACCAAGUCGGCAUCGCGCCAUGAGCGCUGCCUCGCGCGUGUCGCCGUGCUUCCAGCUGGGCACCAGGAGAUCGUUUUCCUCCGCCGGCCAGCGACGAGCCCUGUUCUCCCGCGGAGAACACACGCAGGCGCAGGAGGACCCGCCCCGCAUCUUAAUCACAGGCGGUCUGGGCCAGCUGGGCACGGGGCUCGCCAAGCUGAUGCGAGCGCGCUACGGCCGGGAGAAUGUCAUCCUCUCCGACAUCAUCAAGCCCGAGAAGGAGAUCGUCGAGAGCGGGCCGUACGUGUUCGCCGACAUCCUGGACUUCAAGAACCUGCAGGAGAUCGUGGUUACCUACCGGAUCGACUGGCUGGUGCACUUCUCGGCCCUGCUCAGCGCCGUCGGCGAGGACAACGUGCCACUGGCCAUCCGGGUCAACAUUGAAGGGCUGCACAACGUGAUGGAGCUCGCCAAACAGUACAAGCUGAAGAUAUUCGUGCCGAGCACGAUCGGCGCGUUCGGGCCGACGUCGCCCCGCAACCCGACGCCCAACCUCACCAUCCAGCGCCCGGAGACCAUCUACGGCGUCAGCAAGGUCCACGCCGAGCUCCUAGGAGAAUACUACCACCAAAAGUUUGGCCUCGACUUCCGGUGUCUGCGGUUUCCGGGCGUGAUCUCGAGCGACACGGCGCCUGGCGGUGGCACAACAGACUACGCCGUGCAGAUAUUCCACGACGCCGUGACGACGGGCAAGUUCAGCUGCUACCUGCGGCCCGACUCCAAGCUGCCCAUGAUGUACAUAGACGACACGCUCAGGGCCCUGUGGGAGAUCAUGGUGGCCCCCGAGUCCCGUCUCCGCUGUCGCACCUACAACGUCACGGCCAUGAGCUUCACGCCCGAGGAGCUGGUGCGGGCCGUACGCGAGCACAUCCCCGAGCUGGAGGUGUCCUACCGGCCCGACUCGCGCCAGAAGAUCGCUGACGCCUGGCCCCAGGUGUUUGACGACUCUGCUGCCCGCGAGGACUGGGGCUGGGGUCACGACUACGACCUCAGCAUGAUGUGCAAGACGAUGAUAAACGACCUGCGUGAAGCCUACGGUGUCAAAGGUGGAGAGCAUGUAGACUCGUCCGCCGCGCAGACUUGACCCGGCUGAGACGGCUCAGUGCAAUGUGCAGCACCGUGCAAUGGCAACGCUCAACGGCGAUGCUGAACUGUGAGGCUGUAUUGUCUAUCGGCUGGGACCGUUUAUGUUGUGCACCAAACACACCGCGUAGUAUAUCAUCAGAAGAGCCACGCACGCCAUCUAGCGGUUUGGCAACGCCCGUCGUCGUAUCCGAACCAAUAAACCGUCUAU